CAGGAGCCCAUUUUCCCCUACAUGUAGCUUACUGCUUCACUAUUACAUGCUGAGGGGGAAAAUCCAGUGCAAUACACUUGGCACCUACAAAGAUUCCGUAUUAGAUCCUAAAACAGGGGACUAGAGAGCUGAGAUCACAUUGUUUGUUUUAUGUGAAGAUGCUCUGAUAGCCUGAAGGACUCAGCAGCCGUUUUGACGGUUAACGGUUUAAAAAACAUUUAAACAAAGGGCACGCGCGCUUGGCUUAUUUCCAACUGAAGAAUCGUUACCUCAGAUAAAUUCAACGUGAUGUCAUCGGCGAAACACGGUCAUGAGGAGGCAGCAGGAAAGCAGCCCAUGACUCAACCAUUGAACCAAAUGCCUCCUCCACCUUACCUGUCGCAGGACCCCAACAUGCCUCCUCCACCUGGCUGCGGCCCCCAGCCUAACUACCCUCCUCCUCCUCCUCCGCCUGGCUCUGAAGGGUAUUUACAGGAGACACACUUCCCUUCUGGAAACCCUCCAAGUCAUGCAGCUCCUAAUGGUUACACAGUCCAGACGCACGGGCCCGGUGGCUCGGUGCCUCAUCCUCCCAUGGGUUACCUGCAGCUCGGAUAUCCACUCCAACUGCAGCCCUGCGCUGCUUAUGUCCCCGUGUAUCCCAUUGGAACAGGGGGACAGCCUUACAUGCCUAAUGGUACACCCCAUGCAGGUGUUGCGCCAGGGCAGGUGCCAAUGCAAAUGCCCCCUGGUGUUGCUCUAAUGGAGCCACGGCGGCCCCCUCACGAUUACCUGCCCAUCGCUGUGCUCACCACCAUCUGCUGCUUCUGGCCCACGGGCAUCAUCGCCAUCAUCAAAGCCGUGCAGGUGCGUACAGCUAUCGCUCGGGGCGACAUGGUGUCGGCAGAGAUCGCGUCACGUGAGGCACGUAACUUCUCCUUCAUCAGCCUGGCAGUGGGCAUCGCCUCCAUCGUGCUCUGCACCAUCCUCACAGUGGUGGUGAUCAUCGCCUCGCAGCACCACGACGAAGACUGGGAACCGUAA